UCCCUGGAUGACUGUCAUGCGGUGAACUAAGUGGGAUACAAUCCAUAAACUAAUUAAUAAUCAAUGAAGUACGGAUGAACGUGAGAAAGCAAUUAUUUUCUAAUGUCCAUUAGAGCCCGCUAUUCACUAUUAUUGGUAAAAAAUCUACUGACAAUACGGUAUUUUCCAGCAAACUCGUUCUGGACUUGGCCGUCUCUGCAGAGAUCAAUUUCUGGUGAAUCUACUAACAGCAGCAACAUGGCAAAGCCUUGGCCUAAAGUGUUUUUAUUUGGAGAUUCACUCACUCAGUAUGGCAAUAGCUCUGAUGGAUGUUGGGCUGCUCUUAUAGCCGACUUCCUUCAAAGAAAAUGUGAUGUGGUGAAUAGGGGUUUCUCAGGAUACAAUACACGCUGGUGUAAGCUCAUUCUGCCAAAACUGAUCACAAAAGAGGAUGCAAGUUCUGUUGCCAUGGUAACAGUUUUCCUUGGAGCCAAUGAUUCAGUGGACAGUGUUCGAUGUCCAAAACAACAUGUGCCUCUGGAGGAGUUCUCACAAAACAUGAGAGACAUCCUACAAUAUCUGCUUGACAUCGGUAUUGAGAGGCAGAAGAUUGCUGUCAUUUCUCCGCCUAGUUGUGUGGACUCCAAGUGGGAGGCUGAAUGUAGCCUUAGAAGUAUUCCGUUUGGGAAAUACAACACAGCCACCAAGCCCUAUGCUCAAGCCAGUAUGGCCGUAGCUAAGGAAUUUGGGACUCAAUCUAUCGAUCUCUAUAGCUCCAUGAUGGCGCAAGAGGGUUGGGAAGACAUGUUGAAUGAUGGCUUGCACUUGUCAGCCAAGGGAUCUAACCACCUGUUCCAGUUGAUUAAACCGUUGUUACUUCCCUUGUUUGAGAAGUUGCCAUUAAUCAUGCCAUAUUGGGCAGACAUUGAUAAUGAGAACCCACAUGCAUUGCUUGACACAUAUUAGUAUUGGUUUAUCUGCAGUGGUGUAAUAGGAUUUGACCUUUUAUGGUCGGGUAUAAUAACUGUUGUAUUUUUAAGUUUUACUAUUCAAACAUUAAGGAGAGCUAUACAGCCUAGACUUUUUAUUCUAGCAUUGGUGUCAGCGUCACACCUUGGUUAAGUAUUUGCAUUUAACCAUUAUUUAAGUCAAUAUCUCAGCAAAUACUUUAUGUAUUGCAUUGAAAGUUUAGACAUGUGUUCCCAACUAUUCAAGCCACAUAAUUAUGUUAGAUAACUCUACCAUGCCUAUGAUGUUUAUAAAUUGCCCUAUACUAUUUGCUUUAGAAAUUCUGGUUAAGGUUUUGCAUGUAAGCAUACAGGUACCAGCAACUUCUUGAUGUAUUGCAUUGAGACUUUUCACAAUGGUACUCAGCCAUCCAACCUGCAUUAAUAACCAAGUUAGAUAACUCUAUUUUCCAUAAAAUGCAAUUAACGGCCCUUUUCUUAUUCCAUUAAGGAAUUUGGAUUAGGGUUUUGCAUGCUACCGAAUUUUACAGGGAACCAUGCAUGUUUCACUAAACUUUACAAACUUUUUACUUAAAAGCUGCAUAAUAGCCGAGCGCACUGUCUUUGUGACAGCUCUAGUUUUCAUGUUUGACUGUUGUUAUUCACUUUUAGAUAUAUAUAUUUAUAUACAUCAGGGGUUUUAAAAUUCAGGAGUAAUCUUGAAACCAGAAUAGAUGUAACUCAGAAUUCACAUAACCAGGUUUUCCCAUGCCAGUACAAAUAAAAGUUAAAGUUCGAGCUUUUGAAAUUCAUGUAACAGAUCAAUGACUCUAUUGUUUUCAAAGUAACAUGUGUAUAUUAAAACGGUAUAAUUUUGCAUGUUCCAGAGGAUUAGCUUUGGAAAACCAGAAUAUUUAUAAUUCCAGGCUUAAACUAUUGACAGCUUUUAACUAGUUGUAAAGAUUGUUUUUUGCUCGUACAUUUGUUGGAAGUACCUUGAUAAUUAUGAAUAUAGAUGACUUUGGAAACAAAUUCAAAAGAGGUCUUAGUCCCUUUACCCUGCUUUUGACAUGAAUCCCUUAUUCUCACCAGACCCCGGCUAUUUUUCAGAAUUGACAAUUUCCAGUCGUUAAAACCCCUGAUUAAUAUACUGCAGUAAUAAUAAAAGCUGUAUGAUUUUAAUUGUGAUUUCAACAUGAUUUGAAACAUAGUUAUAUGCUCAUUUAAAAAAUGCUCAGAACUUCAUUUCUGAUGUUAUAGAAAUUCUGUAAAUUGUUAAACUAUUUGUGCAUAUUAUUUAUUUGUAAGGGAGGCGCGGGUAAGAAACAUGCGUGCCUUAAUGUCCAAGGUUUUAAAUAAGUAGUAUAGAAAUUGCUCACAUUAAUGUCUAGGCAAAAAUCACCAAAUGAGUGCCUAUACUGGUAAUUAGUUUACACAUGUUUAUAUUAAAGGCUUUAAUAGUUUAAGACAAUAAAAGUACAAAAAUGA